UGGUGACGUCGGAGGCGGGGCCUGGGCGGUGCGAAGAGGGGGCGCGAGAAUGGAGGUCCAGCCUGGCGGAGGUGGCGCGGGGGAGCGCGCGGCCGAGGACCCUGCGCCAGGCCCCAGCAAGGCCUCCGGCGGCGCCGGCCACUACGAGCUGCCGUGGGUUGAAAAAUACAGGCCAGUAAAGCUGAAUGAAAUUGUUGGGAAUGAAGACACUGUGAGCAGGCUAGAGGUCUUUGCGCGAGAAGGGAACCUGCCCAAUAUCAUCAUCGCGGGUCCCCCUGGAACUGGCAAAACUACCAGCAUCCUGUGUCUGGCCCGAGCCCUGCUGGGCCCGGCGCUGAAGGAUGCUGUCCUGGAACUCAACGCCUCCAACGACAGGGGCAUUGACGUCGUGAGAAAUAAAAUCAAAAUGUUUGCCCAACAGAAGGUCACCCUCCCCAAAGGCCGGCACAAGAUCAUCAUCCUGGAUGAGGCAGACAGCAUGACUGACGGAGCCCAGCAGGCCCUGAGGAGGACCAUGGAGAUCUACUCCAAGACCACGCGCUUCGCUCUGGCCUGCAACGCUUCCGACAAGAUCAUAGAGCCCAUUCAGUCCCGGUGCGCCGUGCUCCGCUACACCAAGCUCACGGACGCCCAGAUCCUGGCGAGGCUCCUGAGUGUCAUGGAGAAGGAGGAGGUGCGGUACACAGACGACGGCCUGGAAGCCAUCAUCUUCACCGCCCAGGGGGACAUGAGGCAGGCUCUGAACAACUUGCAGUCCACCUUCUCGGGGUUCGGCUUUAUCAACAGUGAGAACGUGUUCAAGGUCUGCGACGAGCCCCACCCGCUGCUGGUGAAGGAGAUGCUCCAGCACUGCGUGGAUGGCAGCAUCGACGAGGCCUACAAGAUCCUCGCUCACCUGUGGCAUCUGGGCUACUCUCCGGAGGAUGUCAUCGGCAACAUUUUCCGAGUGUGUAAGACUUUCCAGAUGGCCGAAUACCUGAAGCUGGAGUUCAUCAAGGAGAUUGGAUACACUCACAUGAAGGUCGCAGAAGGCGUGAACUCCCUUCUGCAGAUGGCGGGGCUGCUGGCCAGGCUGUGUCAGAAGACGAUGGCCCCGGUGGCCAGUUAGUACGAGACUCCAGGACCGGUGUGAACAGGCCCCACCCUCUGACGGGGACAUGCCCCCAGGAUGGCCCUGGGAGGCGCCUGGCUGAGCUCACUGGCCCCUGUCGCCCAAGCACAUGCAGGAGGGUGUGCAGGCCGGGUCCUGUGGGUGGCGGGAGGGCCUGGCCUCUGCCGAGCUGGCCUGUGCUAAUAAAGCUUCCCAUGUC